AUGCUCGAGCCUAUUCGCAAACUCCUCAGAAACAGCAAAUAUGACGCACCGUCCUCUCAACUGAAAGACCAUGCCCUCAUUUUGGCUAUGGAGGCAUGCAACCCCGAUGGCUCUCUCAGUCGGAGCGCGCCAUACAUCAAAAGCCCUAAUCCUCCUGCUUAUCCAUUCAUAAGACUUCUUUUAGAUAAGGGUGCUGACAUGAUGGCCAGAAGACCGGUGACGAAACAAACCCCCCUUCAUCUCGCAGUAAUGCGUGAGAAUAAAGAACUUGUGAGCCUGUUACUGAAGAAUGGUGCUGAUGUAUCGGCUCUUGAUUCUUACGGUAGGACACCUCUUCAUUCGGUACCUUCAAAUGGCGCAAUUAUAAGGCUUCUACUAGCCAACGGCGCUAAUGUAUCAGCCCUAGACCUUUGUGGCAGCACACCUCUUCAUCGCGCCGUGGCAAACGGGAUGGAAACUGCUGUAAGGCUGCUGUUAGAAAAUGGUGCUGAUGUGAUGGCCGGAUCUAGUAGUGAUAUAGGGACACCAACAUGCCUUCAUUUGUGUGUGUCAAGCACCAAGAGCGGAACUAAAUCAUUUGUGAAGCUGCUGUUGGAAUAUGGCGCUAGCGCUGUUAUGGUGAUCCGCGAUCCUAAUAUGGGUAUGACACCCCUUAGUCAAGCAGUCCGGAUCGGGCUGUUAGAAGUUACAAUGCUGCUAUUAGAAAAUGGCGCUGGCGCUGCUAUGUUGGUCCCGGAUCGGAAGGGCAUGACACCUCUUCAUCACGCGGUAUUAAGGGACACAGGUGGGAAUGGAGAAGUUGUGAGGCUACUGUUGCAAAAUGGUGCUGGCGCUGCUAUGUUGGUCCCGGAUCGGAAGGGCAAGAUACCCCUUCAUCACGCAGUAUCAAGGAACACAGCUGGAGCUGGGAAUGGAGAAGUUGUGAGGCUACUGUUGCAAAAUGGCGCUGGCACUAUCGUAAUGGCUAAAGACCAGGAGGGCAAGACGCCCCUUCACCACGCAGUAUCAAGGAACACAGCUGGAGCUGGGAUUGGAGAAGUGGUGAGGUUGCUGUUGCAAAAUGGCGCUGCCGUAGCAGCUAUAGACCAAGAUGGCAAAACACCCCUUCAUCACGCUGCAGCAAGAAGAGGGGACGAGGAAAUUGUGAGGUUGUUACUGGAAAGUGGUGCCUCCGCUUCCGCUACUUUUGAAGAGGACGGUGUUGUUAUCACCCCAGUCGAUAUUGCAUGGAGACAUAAUACUGGCCCAGUUAUACGGCUUUUGGAAGAUUCACUCAAUCAACUUGCACCAGUGCUGAUUGGCCAGAGAGUGGACGGCUUCUAA